UCCUUCGCGCCUCCAGCCCCACCCGUGCCGUCUCUGGGUCUCUCCAUUCCGCCAGGCUGCUCGCCUUGUGCCGAGAACAUGGUUGCGCGGAUGGCAUCGAAUGGGAGUCAUGGGGUAGUGUGCACGUGCGUGCAGGCAGUGGUGGUGGAGCUUCGGCUGUCAAUGGAGUUCCGCCGAUUCAGCUCUGCAUUCAAACAGAGUCUUCAAAUGCAGCUCGCUCGCUCCUUCGCCGUCAACACAUCUCAAGUCCUCAUACCCUCCAUCCGUCCCGGCAGUGUCAUCGUUCUUGCCGCCGUGCUGCCUCCUGCCCCCACCGCGCUCUUCCCCCAUGCCACCCUCGACCAAUUCUCCACCAUCCUGGAAGCCGCGCUUGCACAGUCCGCCAAUGUUUCAAGUGGCACGGCUGGUGGUGAUGGAGGGGCGAGCCAAGGGGCGAGCAGAGCUGAGCCUUUGGGGCUUCGAGGGUUUGGAAGGGUUGAGGUGCUGGGGUACUGGAUCCCUGGAGACAACCGUCCUGCACCAGGGACAAGCAAUGGCACCAACGAGCAGCCUGCUAGCAACAGCAAGAACAAGACCAUCGCCAUAGCGGUGGGCGUGGGAGUGCCUGUACUGCUCCUCCUGCUUCUCGGCAUAGCAUUGUGCCUGCUCCUGCGCAGCAGUUUCUCCUGCCACAAUCCCCUCUGGUCUCUCCUUCGCUGCUGCGGGGCUGGCAGAACUCACAAGGGCGGGGCUGACUCGUCCUGCUGCGGAUUAUGGCGUAUGGGGUGCGGCAGCAGUUGGUGGGAAGGUUCCUGCUGGGGGGGGUGGGGAGGGAGAGUGGGGCAUUUUGCAGAGGGAGAGAAGGGGAAGGAGAAAGACGAAACGGUGGGCGGCCGAAAAGGGAUGGUGAACGGCAAGUCAUUCACAGCUGAAGCACCGACAUACUUCUGGGAGCUUAAGCUGCGGCACCAUCACAAGGACCAUCACACGCCAGUGCCCCCUCAGGACCCCUGCGCACUCAGCAGCAGGGCAGCAGGGGAGUCUUCUGUGCGAGAGUUCUCUCUGCAGGAGCUGUGGGCCGCCACGGAUGGCUUUGCUCUGAGCGCGCGCAUUCAGGAGGGGCCGUUUGGGCCGCUCUACAGUGGCAGGCUGGCAGAUGGCUCACCAGUGGCAGUGGCUCGUCUGGACCCCUCUCCCCAGGGAGGGUGGUCAGAGGAGCAGGUGCGGCAGGCAGCGCUUCAGCUGGCCCCUCUGCUGCACGGCAAUCUGGUUCCUCUGCGCGGGUUCUCUGUGGAGGGCGGCGAGAGGCUUCUGGUGCUGGACGACUUCUGCUGGCGCGCUGGUCACCUGGGCACUCUUGCCUGCGCCCUGCACCAUGCAGCCUCCUCCUCUUGCUCCUCCUCUGCUCUGCAUGGGAGAGCUGGCGAUGCUGCUGAUGGUGGUGGUGGAAGCGAGAUUGGCAGCAGUGGCAGCACGUGCUUCUUGAGCUGGGAUGCGAGGGUGGAGAUUGCGAUUGGCUGCGCGCAUGCUCUCAGGUACCUGCACGACGAUUGCUGUCCGCCCGUUGUGCAUGGUGCCAUCUCCUCCUCGCUCAUCUUCCUGGACGCCCACUCCCUGCCGCACAUCGCCCAUGCCGGCCUCGCUCCGCUGCACGGCGCCACUGUUGCCAGCUACGCUCAUACGGACCAGCUGGUGGGAGCGUUUGCCUACAGCGCACCGGAGCAUGCGAUGACGGGCGUGUUCACACCUGCCAGUGACGUGUACAGCUUCGGAGUGGUGCUGCUGGAGCUGCUCACAGGCCGCAAGCCUGUCGACCCCUCAAAGCCCAAGUCGCAGUCGUCUCUUGUGCGCUGGGCUGCUCCGCGCCUUGCGUCUGCCUCUGGUCUCUCUUCCCUCAUGGACGCAUGCAUGCCUGGCCACCCUCCAUCGUCCACCGCUCUCUUGCACUUCGCCAAGCUUGCCUCUCACUGCAUUCAGCCUGAGCCCAAGUUCAGGCCCACUAUGGCACGGGUGAUUGCUGAGAUCUGUGGCAGUGUGCACACUGCUGUGCGCUCCGCUCCCCCCCUGCCCUCCUUGCCCCCCAACCGCUCUGCUCGCGGUGUUUCAAGGACUGGGAGAAGAGCUGGUGGUCGGGAGGAGAGGAGAGCGUCGUCAGCAGGGAGGGAGGACGAUGGGGAGGAUGGCACGAUGACUCGUGCAUCCACGCUCAACUCAAUACAGUACUGAUAGCCUCGGUGUAAUGCUAAUUCUGGUAGCAUCUUGCACUAAACAAACUGCAGUACCUGUAAUAUCUCAUCGCAUGCUCACUCACCAAGCAUUACAGGGUAUAUAGUGCUGAGAAUGCACCCUAGCAGAGCUGUGCCAGCUUAGCAUGGGCAUGCCAUGCUAGCCCCAUGCACAAACGAGUGAUGUGUGGCCCUUGGCUUCGGUGGAAGCAGUUUGUCAUAACUAUGUCACUAACCACUGAGUUAAAGUGGCUUGUUAAUAGCG